ACAUACAUACACGUGUUUAUAUAAAUAUAUGUACCGAUAUGGGCUCGGAGGUACUGUUCUCCUUAUAUCUGCAGAAUCUGAACAAAAUUUUCCAAUGGGUUGAAGAAUUUAAGAACUGUUUUGGAGAGAAAUUGGAAACUUUUGAAGGGGAAGUUCAUUUUGAGCAUUAUGAAGGGAUUUGUGUUAAGGGUUUUGUUCUCUUUCCUAAUUGGGACAACUUCGAUUUUCCUCAUCUUCUCCACCAAAGAAAAAACCUCCUCUGUUCCAGAUAUGGCUUUGACUCGUGAUGACAAUGGUAUGAUGACUGCAACAAGCAGGAGGUUGAAGGAAAAGGGCUAUACUUCAAGCACUGACAAUAGUGCUGCAGGCAGUGUAAAUCUGGACGAUUACCGCCCUAUUGAUCCGGUUCCAAGUUCGAAGAAUUCCAUAAGACCUGGACCUAUCCAGCAUGGAACUCCUAUUAGACCAUAUAUUCCAAGGCCUUCGCCUCCCGGUAAUCCAAAGCGCGGUGGGAUUCCUUAGCCUACUUUAGAACUCCUUCUCUGUGAAGGCUAGCUACGGUCGAAAAAUGAAGAAUGUAAUAAUAAAUUAUCAUUUUGCAGGAUGUUUGAACCAUCAUCCUGUUGAGUAAUCUUGUUGUGAUGCCAACUUUUAUACCUAUGUAUGGUACAUCUUUUAAUUUUACAAAUGUUUGAUGUUCUUAUGUGGA